AGUGAUUGGAAGAGGAAGAGAAUCGAGCGAUCAAGAGUGGAAGAGAAGAAAAGCGAGAGAUCAAGAGGGUAUCCUCGUCGGUCAGAUCGAAGUCGAUGAACGUGAAGCUGUACAGAUUGAACGUUUCCGCGGACGGUAUCGGCUCAGAAGUCAGCUUGAGGGUGUCGUCGUUGCUGGCUGUCGCGUGAUAACUCAAACACUCGAGUGCGACCUUUUGCUUGGCCAUCAAUUUGCAAGCAGACUCAUACAUCUGCGUGUUGUGGAUCCCCAGGCCACAGAAGAUCGCGAAUGCCUCGAAGAUCGACACGUCGGAAUCAGUAAAAGACGUCCCAUUGUCCUGCGAACAAGAUCCUUGGGAAAACCACGUGCCAGUAAUCCAAGAGCAGAAGCAUAAUAUGGAGCACACUCUAAACUAAGCCCAUCCCCACCUGUAGGCGGCCAUGUCGAUCAGCUCUUGUUGGCUCUUCAUCGCCACGAUGUACUUAAUCGAGUGCAAUUUCGGCAACACACGCAGAGCAUGGUAGACCUCCCCGUUGCGAAUCUCUUGUCCCGAAUUGGGAUUGAACCGCGGCAUCACGCAAGGCGUCUCCAUGCCACGGGGACAGUUUCGCUUCUGAAGGUCCUGGAGAGUCUGGGCCAAUUCGACCAUCGUUUUCCCGAUACCCAACAGUCGGGACGAGUGUAUCACCGAAGAGCUGGCUGCCUCGAGGAAAUCAUCCGUCGAGGACGCUUCUUGCAGCAGAUUCAAGUCGAACGACGGUGUCCUUAUGACGUACGAUCCUGGGGGAACCAGGUCUGCAACAUGGACGCUGUAGCUUGCGAUGUUUCCUUGGGGAGCGGACUCAAACGGAGGAACAAUGGGAUACCCAGGAACACUCGAAAACCCGCCACGCGACUGCAAGUGGCAGCCGAAAGCAAAUUGGAACAAGAAGAUCGUUAGAGUCCGGUUUACCAAAGUCGAUCCCAAGGACCAGCGAUCCUCCGAGCGCCAUUUGCAAAUGGAAGAGUGAACUCGAUACCAAGAGUGUACCUGCAGAAACACCGCGGGUUCCGUUCGGAGAAAGAUUCGGCGUCCAAGAGAGGAACGAUCUAUCGUCCACUCUAGAGCGAGCGAGACAGAGGGAAAGGGAGAAGAGAGAACGUGGGCGAGAAGCCGAUCCUCACGGCGAUCGAAAUCACGGUCCAGAAAGGAUCUAGCGGAUGCGCGCAGGCAUCUGCCAGCCGCGGCUUCGUUGAAGUGGCGAGGUGAAAGGCAGGCAGUCGUCUUGCUUACGUGCGACUCCUCGAGUUGUUGUCCGUUCCCGUCCGUACGUGAAUCCGCGGUACCACACGUGACAUUUUUACGAUGCCACGCUGACGCGGGUCCGGGGGGAUCAGCCGUGACGAUCGUUAGCCGUGUGUGUACCCGCCGCACGAUUUCCGCUGGUAUUUAAGAGAGAUUUCUACCAGGCUGCUGGCUGCUGCCGUUGCUGCUCUUGGUUGCAACUUGGAGAACACUUGGUUGCUGAUCGGAAAACAAUCAGCAAACGUGGACUCCGACUCCGGAAGGCAGCUGAACGCUCCACACCUCAACCCCAUGUACCCCACAAAGAGAAGACUACGAGCUCCAUCGCUGUGAACAGAGCAAGAGCCCAGAAGAAAGCCAGCAACCAGAAGGAUUCCCAAGUAAACCAUCUUCCGCAAUCUCGCUCAUCGCCUGAAGCACCCGGGGGACCGUGGUCGAAAAGUGGAAUACAUCUCAGCGAAAGGCUACCGUACAUCUUAGAUUCCGAGGUGGAAUCAGCCAGCGGUACACAGCGACCAAUCGCGCGUAGCUAGAAAGAAUCAGGCUUUUGGCCCGGAAUAGAAAGGUUGAACGAACCCGUUUCGGCUCAACUUUCGACACAGUAGCGUGUCCCUGUUUUUCGGCGUGCAAGACGAUUCGACGCCUGGCGAGCCACGACCGGACGUCCUCGAAUCUUGAACGGCUAGCCGACCCGACCCGGCACCGAUAGACCGAUCGUGCACUGCGCCGGCGUCCUUCCUAUUGUCCUUGGUCCUCGGUGAAGGGGACCGAUCGGCCCUAGUGGUGUCUUGGGGCCGCAGAUGGGAGCUGGUCUGCCGGAGCCCGACAGGGUGGUCAACCCCGGAAAACGCCACCAGCCGUACGGACAUCCGCUCGAGGCGCUUGCUGCUCCCCCCCUCCGUCCCGUACGCACGCCGCCAGGCUUCUCCCUCCCGUUUCGGCCGCGCAAACCCGAUCAAGCUGGAAUUGAUGGAGUUGGAGAACAUUGUGGCGAACACUGUGUACCUGAAAGCGAGGGAAGGGGGUGGUGACAGCAACAAGGGUAAGAGCAAAAAAUGGCGGAAGAUACUUCAGUUCCCCCACAUCUCCCAGUGCAUCGGCCUAAAAGAUAAGCUCGACAUCAGGUACAGCUAUGUGGUGGACCAGCAGCCGAUCGGCCGGCUGUUGUUCAGGCAGUUCUGCCAGGACAAGAAGCCGGCCUACCAUCGUUACAAUCUCUUUCUGGACGCGAUCGAGAAGUACGAGAUCGAGAUGGACGAGAAUCGCACCGAGCUGGCGAAGGACCUGUUCGAGCAGUACCUGAAGAGGGAGGGCUCCGAGGUCGUCGACAUCCUGAACGACUCGCUGAUAGCGCAGUGCGAGGAGAGGCUCAGCACCGGCGGGAAGGAGCUCUUUGUCGAGAUCGCGCAGACCGUGAAGAACUUCCUGGCCGGGGAGCCUUUUUCAGCUUUCCAAACUAGCUUCUAUUUCUAUAGGUACCUCCAAUGGAAAUGGCUGGAGGCGCAGCCGGUCACGUACAAGACGUUCCGCAUGUACAGGGUGCUCGGCAAGGGUGGUUUCGGCGAGGUGUGCGCGUGCCAGGUGCGCGCUACGGGGAAGAUGUACGCGUGCAAGAAGCUCGAGAAGAAGCGGAUCAAGAAGCGAAAGGGCGAAGCGAUGGUUUUAAUCGAGAAGAACAUCCUCCAGAAGAUCAACUCGAAGUUCGUCGUCUCGCUGGCGUACGCUUAUGAGACAAAGGACGCCCUCUGCCUGGUGCUGACUAUCAUGAACGGCGGCGACCUAAAGUUCCACAUCUACAACAUGGGCGGCGAGCCGGGUUUCGAUAUAAACCGCGCGAGGUUUUACGCGGCGGAAGUGGUGUGCGGCCUGGAACACCUGCACCUGCAGGGGAUCGUGUACAGGGACUGCAAGCCGGAGAACAUACUGCUGGACGAUCACGGCCACGUGAGGAUCUCCGAUCUCGGGCUGGCGGUCGAGAUCACCGAGGGAGACAUGGUGAGGGGUCGGGUGGGCACGGUGGGCUACAUGGCGCCGGAAGUGAUCGACAAUGAGAAGUACACGUUUUCGCCAGAUUGGUUCAGCUUCGGUUGUCUUUUGUACGAGAUGAUUGAAGGCCAGGCGCCGUUUCGCGCGAGGAAGGAGAAGGUGAAGAGGGAGGAGGUCAACAGGCGGGUGAAGGAGGACCAGGAAAGGUACUCGCCGAAAUUCACCGAGGAGGCGAAGAGCCUGUGCCAGCAGCUCCUCAAGAAGAGCCCGAAGAACAGGCUGGGGUGCAAGUGCGGCAGGCACGGGGCGAAGGAGGUGAAGCUCCACAGUUUCUUCCAGUGCCUGAACUGGAAGAGAGUCGAGGCCGGUAUGUGGGAACCGCCGUUUGUGCCGGAUCCGCACGCGGUCUACGCUAAGGACGUCCUGGACAUCGAGCAGUUCUCGACGGUGAAAGGUGUCAAUUUGGACGCGACCGAUGACACCUUCUACAGUAAAUUCAAUACCGGCAGCGUGUCCAUCCCGUGGCAGAACGAGAUGAUCGAGACUGAGUGUUUUAAGGAGCUGAACGUGUUGGGCCCGAACAAUACGCCGACUCCUGACUUGCUGAUUAAUCAUCCGCCGCCUAAUAACGAGAACAGGGGCUGCUUCCCGUUCAGAAGACAGAAAAAGCAAAGCGCCCGUACAAGACAGAUCCCUCUAUCAGAGUGCCAUUUACUGGAGCUGUCGCAGAGUCAGAACUCGGAGAUGCCAGCCAGCUGAUCCAAGAUGAACGCGAGUAGUCUGAAUCAACCGACGCCGUCGUCCUUGCGACGCCGUCGCUGUGGACGACGCCGACGGGCGCUGAAAUGCUGCCCGAAGCUGCUUUAAAUGGAGGAACACAGCCCCCUACGACCGUGGUGUUGUCAGUUUUCCAACGCGCACGCUGCGUCUUUCUACUCGUCCAUGAAAACACGACGAUCGUAACACGACCGUCACCAGCAUUGAAUACACAUCCGGACAGAUUUUUCUCAGGUUUCACGAAGCGGACACGCGGUUCGUGAGUUCACGAGGAUUUGUCAGUCGGCGCGCGUCGCCUCGCUCGCAACAGGGACGACGCGACACUUCGAUUUUCUUCUUUCUUUAAACUGGCACUUUGGAAAGAAUGGGUUCCCGGUCGUGUCGCCCCUGUUCCGCAACGGACACGCGUGCGAGCGUGCAUCUCAGCGUCGAGUUUUUCACGCACUGAACGUGGACAGCGGAAUAUAUGGGUGUAUACUCGCGUGUGUGCACUGCGCGCUGAAUGUAUGGACACAUUCUAAAGAGUACUUUGUAUUUUGAGCUUGUCUCCAUGUACUCACGAGUACGCAGAGUACGGCGAGAGAAGUAUAUGUACACGUAUAGUAACGAUUUUUAUUUCACGAAGAUCUGUUCGCAUAAAGCCUCACAGUCUUUUUAAUUGUCUGUUUUCAAUUCAAAGCUCGCUGAUUUUUCUUUCCCUGUUAUUUUACUGUCCCUAGUCAUUCAAUGGCUCUCAUCUUGGUAGUGCCACGACAAGAACCAUCAUGGGUUGUAUCUAUUAACUCAGAGGGUGUUGUUUAUUAUGAAUAAUAUAGAUAUUGUUAAUAGUUAUGAUGUGCACAUGGGCAUACACGUCGUAAUUUUGUGAAUAUGACUUUACUGGUAAUUAAUGAGCUGUAUUUGAUUAAUACAUAUAAAAGCCAUUACCAAACGCACACGAUCAAUCAUAAGACAUCAACUUCAUCGUUGUAAGUCUGAGGAUGUUAAGCAGUGAGUUGACAUAUAACAUAGAUACACUAUCAGUGUAUCUAGUACAGGAGCAAUUAUUGGUCUAAUUUGGUUGUUAUAUGUGUUCAGGAGUGAAGCCAAGGUACGAGUUAUCCAAUGGCACUUAGCUUUAUGGUACAUAUCCAGCCACCAUGUUUUCCAUUCCACAAAUAUAGGCGCCUGGUCUUUGUUGUCACACAAUCCCUCCAAUUCACUAGGUGUUACACUAUCAAACCCAGAGGCCCUCCUUGUAUUUCUGUGCGUCGUGUUUCUCCUAGCAUGGUUGGACACGAUGAGGUCAGCUUUUAUGAUCUUUCUUCACAUUUUAUUUCGUGAUUUUGGAUUGUAGGUCUAUUGUAGAUAUUAUUUUAAAAUUUGUGCUAUCAAGGCUACAAUAUAAUAUGUAGCACACAUUAAUCUGAUUAGAAUAACAAAGCAACGAUGGUUAGUAAAUGUUAAUGCAUAUAUGGAGGUUACAUAUUAUCACCAACAAUGAACGAAAUAGAAUAAAAGUUGUGUU